AAACUCCGCUGGCGGAGUGCCAACGUGAAGUGAUGGCGGGUCGGAUUGCACACUUAGUUCUGCUGGCUGGGGCAGCCGCGCUAGCAAGCGGCUCCCAGGGCGACCGAGAGCCGGUGUACCGCGACUGCGUGCGCGGGUGCGAACAGCGGAACUGCUCCGGCGUCGCACUGAAACACUUCCGUUCCCACCAGCCAAUCUACAUGAGUCUAACAGGUUGGACCUGUCGAGAUGACUGUAAGUAUGAAUGUAUGUGGUUCACCGUUGGCCUCUACCUCCAGGAAGGUCAUAAAGUGCCUCAGUUUCAUGGCAAGUGGCCCUUCUCCCGGUUCCUGUUUUUCCAAGAGCCAGCUUCUGCUGUGGCCUCUUUCCUCAAUGGCCUGGCCAGCUUGACGAUGCUCUGGCGCUAUCGUACCUCUGUGCCAGCAUCCUCCCCUAUGUACCCCACCUGCAUGGCCUUUGCCUGGGUCUCCCUCAAUGCUUGGUUCUGGUCCACAGUCUUCCACACCAGGGACACCGACCUCACUGAGAAAAUGGACUACUUCUGUGCCUCUACCGUCAUCCUGCACUCAAUCUACCUGUGCUGUGUCAGGACCGUGGGUCUGCAGCGCCCGGCUGUGGUCAGUGCCUUCAGGGCCCUCCUGCUGCUCAUGCUGACCGCUCACGUCUCCUACCUGAGCCUCGUCCACUUUGACUAUGGCUACAACCUGGCGGCCAACGUGAUGAUCGGUCUGGUCAAUGUGGUGUGGUGGCUGGCCUGGUGCUGGAGCCAGCGGGCGCUGCCUCACGUGCACAAGUGUGCGGCGGUGGUGCUGCUGCUGCAGGGGCUGUCCCUGCUGGAGCUGCUCGACUUCCCGCCACUCUUCUGGGUCUUGGAUGCCCAUGCCAUCUGGCAUAUCAGCACCAUCCCCGUCCACAUCCUCUUUUUCAGCUUUCUGAAAGAUGACAGCCUAUACCUGCUGGAGGAGUCAGAGGCCAAGUUCAAGCUGGACUGAAGGCCUGGAAGUGGCUCCACCCCAGUGGGGGUCCAGACCCUCCCUACUGGUGCCUGGCCUGCUCUUGAUCUUUGAGAUGGCUUUUUUCCCUUUGCGUCUUAAACUUGGAUGUGAAGGUAUAGGACCAGUCAUUUGAACUGCUCAUCCCCUUGUUCACCCCUACAUGACUCUAACAGGUCUUGGGGCCUGUUUGGUCCUGGCCUGCCAGCAUCUGGGGCUAUAGAAUGGCCAACCUCACCCCUGUUCCUGGAACCGAACUGGGGCAGGACUGUCUUCUCGGCUCCACCAGCUAGAGCUGCCUUGUCUCCUGCUCAGAUUCCUCCACAUAGCCCUUCCCUGCCUGCUUGGCUCCCAGAGCCCUUUGUCUGACAGGGAGGCCAGGUAGCACACACACCUUUGGGGAUAUACUGGGUCACUGUCACACUCCCCACUGCCCUUCCCCAGGGCACCACUAGGUGUCACUAGUUACUUGUUCUUUGGCUGCUUGCAUGUCAAGGCAGGUCUCCCCUAUAGGACCUUGAGGGCCCAGCUGCUGGGUUGCAGACAUGUCUCAUUAGGACCGCUGCCCCAACCAGGACCCCAAGAGGUUUUGUCACACUCCCCUUCGAGGCCAGAGAGCCUGGGACAGGAAUCCCAUUGGCCCGUGUGUUGCUGCUCUGGUUGGGGCCCGCACAUGCAUGUGUAAAGGAGUGAACUAUGCUGAGUGAAGGUGAGGGACUUGGGGAUAUGAAUCUGGGGUGUGUGAGUGCCAGCCUAUGCAAUGUGCAGAGGAGGGAGGGGGUGAGUGGUUUUGAAGAAUGUGUUGGGGACAGGUGGAUUGGCAUAGGUGACAGGAAUGUACGUAGACUGAGUGUGAGUGCAGGUGAGUAUGUAGCACAGUGGGUGGAGGUUAGAGCCAAGUGCGUUUAUAUGUGUGUAGGGGGUGGGGGGAUCUGACUCACCAUCAACAGCUAUUUAUGGGACUCCUCUAAGAAAUGGCUCAGCUGGUAGAGCACAGGAACUGCACACCUGCGGCUCCCGGUCCAAUCCAAUGCCACAUGUAAUGGGGUGGUGCUCUGGCUUCUCUCUCUUCCUUGUAUGAAAUUGUCUCUGUCUUGAAUGAAAUAAAUCUUUUUUUUUUUAAAGCUA